UAGUAUCUCAGGGUUGCCAGAAAUUAUACUUACGCAGCCAAAAAAACAACGAGAGCUUCGAGGGCAAUUACGGCAAUUCGACAAAAUUCCAACCCACAUUUCAAUUCAGGCCCUGGAUUUUGCCAAAAUUGCGUGGUUCAAAAUCUCCUGUUUGAUAUUUUGCCAAAACAGUAAAAAAUAAAUAAAAGAACACUUUUCUUUUUUAUUUAAUCUGAACCGCUUAUCAUCUUCUGGCUCUGCUUUUCAAUGCCUCCAUCUCCACCACGCUGUAUGGCCUGUGGCACAAGCCCUUCUUCCUUCGCACCUCACGUGAUCGGUUCUUCCUCCUCCUCCUCCUCUUCAUCUUCAUUUCUGGAGCUUUCCCGGAGCUCCAGACCCGGAGCCCCGUUUUCGGUUCGGAUAUCCGCUAACGGUCAUAACUUCCCCACCGCCACUCGUGAUGACCUUGUCCAAGGCCCUUCUUGUAUCUUCGUUGGUCCUAUCGAGACCGCCAGUAAAGAAACUUUGGAAGCCCUUUAUCGUCAAGCAAGGGAUUCUUAUUACAGCGGAAAGCCUUUGAUAGUGGACGACAUGUUUGAUAGAGUAGAGUUGAAGCUUCGGUGGUAUGGUUCUAAAAGCGUUGUGAAAUACCCUCGGUGUAGUCUUAGACGACAAUCAACGUAUGCAGAUGCUGAGGUAGAUUUAUCACAGGUUUUCACAUUAGCCAGCAUAUGGGUACUCUUUCUUGCUAUUGGCAGUUCAGCUUGCGUUGUGCCCAUAAUCUACAACAUUGGACUUGCUUAUCAAGGUGCAUAUAAUUCAGGAAUGCCUCACAUUAACCAUGUGCCUGCAUUAGAGUUUCUUGCCACAGUAAAUGGUGUUUUAUUCCUGGUAUUCGGUUCUCUUAUUGGCUAUCCAAUUGCCUCAGCUUCUGUAAAAGUUCUUCAAGGCCUGUGGAGAAAUGACUUGGUAGCAUUGAAGGGGGCAUGCCCAAAUUGUGGAGAGGAGGUUUUUGCAUUUGUGAAAUCAGAUAAAUCUAAUGACACCCCACAUAGAGCAGAUUGUCAUGUAUGUGAAAGCCUAUUAGAGUUUCGCACCAAGGUUGAGAAAUCCGAUUGUAGAUUGGGUAGGAAAUGGGUUUAUGGUCGCAUCUAUCUAGUUUCUCGAAGAAAUCGACGAAGAUGGCUGUAAUAUUUGAGCUUUAUGUACAGUGGCUCCUCAUUCUUUCCCUUUUUUUUCAUUUUCCCAUCCGUAGACCGUUUAACUGUUUUAUAUUUUCAUUUUAUUAACCUAAAAGAUAACAGCAAUCUGUAUGUAAUUUUUGGCAACCAACGCCUAAAUUUAUCAUUAUGAGAUCCAUUAUGAAAUGUAAAGAAGAAAGAAAGAUUUGAAUU